ACACAUGUUGUCCAGUGGUCCAACGCCGGCGAAACCGCAGAGCAGCAUCUGCCUGUUGUGGCUGGUCAUUUGCAAGACGGCUCGGUUGCAGUUGGCCAACACGCUCACCACCGUGAUCAUCAUUGUGGGGCCCAUCGUUGUCUUCGUCAUCUACUCGGCUUCGGUUUUGUUCCGGGAACCGCAGCAGGAGCCGACGAAAGAGCAUCCACCCAUCAAUAUCACAACGAAAAGGCCGUACGUUUACUACUCGCCUGACAAUCUUGUGGUGGCGGGCCUCAUCGAGGAUGUGGUUCGCGACCUUAAGGCCACAGGCAGCCAAGCCUUUCCCAACGCCCAUAAGCUGAACGAUGCCCUCGUAACGAGGGAUGAACACGGCUUCGUUGGCAUAGAGUUUGAUGACAGCUUCAGCGGUAUUGAUGCUCUUCCGGACAAAGUCACGGUGGCCCUGCGCUUUCCACUCCACCUAUUCAGUAAUCCGAAGCUGAGAUGGGACAGCAGUGCAAUCUACAAGCACUCAAACCUGGAAACCGAUUACUAUAUAGUCGAGGGAUUCCUAGUUGUGCAGGCCAAGCUGAGCGAGGCGCUGAUCAGAGCCAAAAAUGAAAAUGCACGACUACCGGAAGUUUUCCUAAAACGCUAUCCCAAACCCAAUAAGGAGGAGGAAACGGUUACGGACAAUCGGGUGGCUCUGGCCGGUUCCUUUCUUUUCCUGCCCUUCUCCAUAUCCGCUGCAUAUCUGGCUCAAAUGAUUGUGAUGGAGAGGCGGCAGCAUCUGAGGGCCAUGUUGCAGCUUUUGGGCGUAAGAUCAUGGGUAUACUGGCUCUCCUGGUUUCUGGUGGGCUUUGUCCUCUUGUCCAUUCCCACUCUGUUCAUGGUUAUUCUGCUGAAAUGGCGCUUCUAUCCGCUGAGCAACUACUCUGUGGUGCUGGUCUUUUUCCUGGUCUACAACUUGGAGAUCCUGAGCUCUGCCUUUAUGUUCUCGGUCUUUUUCUCGGACACCGUGGGGGUUCAGGUGGCCAUCCUGGUUGUGCACCUGCUUAGUGGCCUUCCCUGGCGCCUUCUACUAAUGGGCUACAGGCCCACUUAUUUCCGUGCUAUUUUCGCCUUGUUUUUCCUAAACAGCUCGUUGGCCAUGGGAUUGCGAGAUAUCAUCAAUAAUGAGAACCUUAACUUGGGAUCGAGCUGGAGUGAGUUCUUCAAGGGAACUGAUCCCGUGGGCUUAAUUACCUUGGGUCCCAUCCUGAUGUUCAUGUUGCUUGGCAGUCUGGUUCACCUGCUUAUCCUGGCUUAUGUCGAGAAGCUGCAGAGUUUUGGCAGAAGAAAGUGGUACUAUCCACUCCAACCGUCCUUUUGGUGUCCUCGGAAAAGGCGGCCGCGAUCAAGAGCCGGGGAUAUUGAAAAUCAGCAUCAGGAAGAAGCGUGGCCAAGGAACCGCCAACUUGUAAUCCGUGCAAGGGAACUUGAUAAGAUCUACAACGAGCGCUAUUCGGUCAAUUAUCUCAAUCUGGAUUUUUACCAGGACGAGGUCACAGUUAUCCUGGGUCAUAAUGACUCCGGAAAGUCCACCGUCCUCAUGCUUUUGGCCGGCUUUGUGGAGCCGAGUUCCGGCAAGGUGACCAUCAAUGGAUAUGAUAUGGUCACCGAGACGAGGAAGGCCCGCCGAUCGAUGUUCAUUUGUCCGCAGCAAAAUGUGCUCUAUGAAAAAUUGAAGACCAGGUGGCACCUCAAGUUCUACUGCCGGCUGAAGGGGAUGAACAGAAAGGAGGCUUCUGCCGAGGCGGAUAGAUAUCUGGAGAUCGGAAAACUGCAGGACUUUGCCAACAUCAAGGUGAUGGAUCUGCCCAGCGGAUUGAAGCGGAUGCUACUGCUGUGCUGUGGACUGUGUGCUAAUUCAAAGAUCCUCCUGCUGGACGAACCGGGCACCAGCUUGGAUCCCCUCCUGCGUCGCGAGAUGUGGGAUCUGUUGCGAAAAGAGCGAAAGGGGCGCUGCAUCAUCUUGUCCACCCACAAUGUGCACGAGGCCGAGGUGGUGUCCGAUCAGAUAGUGGUCCUCUGCGAUGGCGAGGUGCUGGGAUAUGGAACCCAGGUGUCGGACGCAGGCUCGUUCUACCUGCUCAUUUGCACCAAAAUGUAUGCCUGUGAGGUGUCAGAGGUGACGCACUUUCUGCAGAAUCGAUUUGAGGACAUCAGGCUGCAUGAUGAGUACGGCGUCUUUGUGUCCUACGAGCUGCCCACCAAGUAUGUGCCACAAUUCGCGGCCCUAUUUCUGGAUUUCGAGAGGGCAUUAGUGGAUCUGAAGAUCCAGGAGUUCAGUGUGCGUGCUCCCACGCUGGGGAGUGCUUUUCUGCGGAUUGGAGAGGAGAUGAUGGAGGCCGCGAACAAGCGUGAUUCCCACAACGUCAUGGUGCGCUCAUCGCCCAUGGCGUCUCUGAUUGAUAUACUGCCCAGUUUUGAGGUCCGUGAGGAUAAUGGUCGGCAGAAGUGCUGCAACCAGUGGCGGGCAAUCAUGGAGAAAAAGCGCCUCUUCGCUUGGCGCCAUCGGAAGCUCUACUGUCUGAUCAUCUUGCUGCCGAUCAUCAUCUGCCUGCUGGUCAUCGGAUUUGAUGUAAUCCUCUUCAUGAUCGAACACGAGCUUUCGGAGCUGCUGGUGACGGAUCUCAGUCCCUAUUCCAAGCCAGUGUUUGUGGUAAAAUCCGAUGAUGAGAACAAUAUGCUUGUCAAAAGCUACAGGCAAAUCGUUGUGGGCCAAGGAGCUGAUGUCCAAGAUACGGGAGAAACUGCUCUACACGAGUAUCUUCUUAAUCAGAUGAAGUUGGACGAGACCAAGGUGCAGCGAUCCUUUCUGGCUGGUGCUACUUUUAAUAGCGAGGAAAACUCGAUCACCGCCUGGUCAAACUACAAUCUUGAGCACGGCUCCCCACUUUCGUUGGGAUUGGUUUACGCGGCCAUUGGACAGGAGCUAUCCAAUCUGGAGAUCGGGAUUGUAAACAAGCCUUAUCAGGAUUCAUUUAGCUUCCAACUCGGAAGCCUUAGUAGUCAGAGUUCCGUUGAAUACGUCAUGCUCGUGUUCCUUUAUCUUAUCCUGGCGACCUCAAUUUUCGCCGUGUUGCCAGUUACUGAAAGACAAAACUUCGAACAGCAUCUGCAAUUCAGCAGUGGCAUGAGCAGGAUCACCUAUUGGUGUUCGCACCUCUUCUGGGACUUUUGCCUCUUUGUCCUCAUGGUCAUUUCCAUAAUCAUACUCGCCGGAUUCACCUCGGGAUCAGUUAUUUCCUUAACGAUAAUUCUGUUCGCCUUUGGAUUCUCUGUGAUAUCGUUUACCUACUUGUUGGGACUUCUGUCCAACGACUUGGGCAGGAUGUUCAGCAUCAUUUUGUACGUCAACAUGAUAGGGAUUCUUGCACUGUUCAUCCAUCCCAAGAGCAAUGAAUUUCGCUUCCUUUUUGAAGCCGUGCUCUUAAUUCAUCCACAUUAUUCGUUAUUUUGUGGCUUGCAGGAUAUCAUAAAAAUGGAUAAGUUUCUACAUGCUUACGGAUCUGAAAUUCAUUAUGCAGGUUCUGACAAUCCGGAAGAGCCUUCGCAUCCCUACACCUUUAGGAACCUUAAUUACCUGAUCGUUACAGGACUGGUUUAUUUCACCUUGGUCCUUAUGACUUGGGUUCCGCGUCGUAUUAAAUACCUUUACCAAGCUGUAAGAAACGAAAAAGUUGAACCUAACUUCCAAUUCGAGGACAUAGAAGUCAACAAAAUCCGGCAGAAAUUGGAUCUUUUGACCACCAGGCAAUACUCGCGCUAUCCUCUUAUUCUUAAGAACGUAUCCAAGCGCUACGGCAACUUAUUGGCAGUGCGAUCAUUAUCGUUGGCCCUUGAUCCAUACGAAUGCGUUGGACUGCUGGGCAGGAACGGAGCGGGCAAGUCAAGCACCUUCUACAUGAUCUCGGGCAAACAAUCUAUCACGGUGGGCAGCAUCCACAUCAAGGGCUUCAGCUUGAAGCGUCACCCCAAGAACGGCCUGCGACACUUGGGCUUCUGUCCGCGGGAGGAGAUGCUUUCGCCGUACAUGACUGGCAGGGAGGCACUGCGCUUCUGGUGCAUGGUCAAUGGCAUCCGACGGAGUCAUAUCAGGUCACUGGUGAACUGGAUGGCCGACUGCUUUGGACUCGUCCGUCACUUGGAUAAGCGUAUCAGCACUUACAGCAAUGGCACAAAGCGGAAGCUGAUGAUUGCCAUGGCCAUAUUGGCGCCCACUCUGAUGUGCCUCGAUGAACCCACCGCUGGCGUGGAUAUGCACGCCAAGUACGAAAUCUGGAGCUUAUUGGAGGGCAUCCGUCGCAGUGGGCGGGCCAUCCUGCUCACCACGCACAGCAUGGAGGAGUGCGAGCUCCUGUGCACCAAUGUGGGCAUCAUGGAUCGCGGUACUCUUCUGUGCUUCGGAUCCCUGUCGCGAUUAAAGUAUCGCUUCAACAUGGGCAUCUUCAUCAAGGUGAAGUUGGGCACUCGAGCGGAACUCAAUGCGGCUAAUGAGGAUUGGAAUCAAUUAAGUGAAGUUGGGAGCUCUGCCGGUUCUUCUCGACCGCCCCGUCAAAGGCAUUCAUCGAUCACUAUGUCGCAGCGGAGCUCUCAAAGGACAGAGGUCUUGAGCCUGGAAUCAGACAACGGGGAGGAUUAUGAGCGUCUACUUCAGAGAUUGGAGGAAGUUUUUAUGGAGGACCAUCCCUAUAGCACGGUCAGCGAAAAGUACUCCAACCGAGGAAUAAUAACCUUUUGCAUACCAACCGGUGAGAUAAAGUGGUCCGGGAUCUUUAAGUACAUGGAGAGCAUAAAGACAGAAAUGCAGAUAUUGUACUACUCGGUCAGUCACACAACUUUCGAGGAUGUGUUCAUGGAGUUCGUCAGAAAGCAUAAUCAGUAGAAUAGUAAAUUCCUUGAUGAAUCAGUCGUACUCGGACCCCUUAUCGUAUCAGUAUUGAUUGGAUCUUUGAGCUAUGCUGCUAUCUGUGAAAGCUAGUGCCAAAAAUGCUAACGAAUCGCUAAAUUCAUCGUUGCGAAAAGAGUAAAUAAAUCAAACUUUUUGCCGAAUCAUCAACCGGCAUUUUUGGCCAACGAAUACUCUCCAAAGGGAGGAAUUUGUGAAAUUAUUCUUAUAUUUGUAUGUAUUUUAUUUUUACCUUGCCUACAAAUAAAUAUAAAAUUGUAAGGUUCUUCUAAGAA